AUGGCUGCUGCCACUCACACAGAUGCGCAGGCUCGCAUACAAGAGGAACUCGAUAAUGUCGUGGGGCGUCGUGUGCGCGGUGAUCUCAAGUUUUUCACUUUUGGUUUUGGCCGCUGUCAAACGUACAUGGACUACCUCAACGAGAAGGCCGCGAUGUGCAACCUACUAAUUGGAUAUUUGUCGGACACUCUUCAUCAACGCAGCUCUUAUUCUAUGGGCCUUCUGCCUUUCGGAGAAUCCUGCAGCGAAGAUUGA